AUGACAUCAGCGCGCGCGAAAACCAUCCACACGGCAGCAUGCCUCAUUAUCGGCGAUGAGGUUCUCGGUGGAAAGACCAUCGACACCAACUCCCCGUACCUAGCCAAGUUCUGCUUCUCCCUCGGAAUCCAGUUGAAGCGAGUCGAAGUCAUCCCAGAUGACGAGGAAGAUAUCAUCGAAGCUGUGCAACGCAUGAGCUCCCGCUACGACUUCGUCGUUACAAGCGGAGGCAUUGGGCCCACACACGACGACAUCACCUACUCAGCAAUCGCCAAAGCCUUCGGCCUAAAGCUCCAACUCCACCAGCCCGCCUUCGAGCGCAUGAAGCGCCUUUCCAAGCCACACCCCAUGCAGCCCAACUUCGACUGGGAGACUCCCUCGCCCGGCCUGAACGCCAAACUGCGCAUGGUUGAGCUUCCCUUCGACCCCAAGAUCCCCGCCGAGGACCAAGCCGUCUUCGUCGCGGAUGAUAUGUGGGUUCCUAUUGCCGUGGUGAACGGUAACGUGCACAUCCUGCCUGGUGUGCCGCGGCUGUUCGAGCGUCUUCUUGAGAACCUUAGGCCCAGUCUUAUUCCCCGUCUUAUCGAUCCUGAGGGUAAGGGGACUUUCCGGUGUUUGAUUAGUACGCCGCUGCCCGAGAGUGCUAUUGCGCCGUACUUGACUGAGCUGGCGGCUAAGGUUGAGUCGAGGGGUGUUAAGGUUGGUAGUUACCCGCGCUGGGGAAAGAAGCGCAAUACUGUCACACUUGUUGGGGCUGAUAAGGCUUUUAUUGAGUCUUUGGUUGCGGAAGUUGAGGAGGGUGUUCAGGGUAAGCUUGUUGCUGUGGAGGAUGAGCUUGAUCCUCCGUCCGACUCGGAGCAUGUCUACAGUCAAUAG